UCAAAGUUCACACUGCCUGCAAAUUCUAACACAUCUGAGGACUGACCGUUGACUCCGCGUUGAACUGGGAUCAGAGGAAACAUGAUUGCUGAGAUUGUCUUCACCUUGUUGUGUCUCUGCUCGCUGCAUCCUACACUUGGACAGGACUGUCCUAGCAGACAGGAGAUACAGGGCUCUCUGAAGCAGGUCCAGAAGCUUCUCUCAGCCCACGAAGCCUCGUACUUGCAGAGUCUUCGCAACCUGAAGAAGAAAAUAAACCUGUUGCAGAACAGCCCAGGGAAGCAGACAACAAGAGCCACCAACAGUACCUGCCCAAAACUGGACGCACCCGUCAAUGGGAGGAAACUCGGCAAGUCACACAGCGUGGGUCAUGAGGUUCAUGUUCUGUGUGACCCUGGCUAUGAACUUGUGGGGUCAGAGAGCAGGGUUUGUCAGGAGAGCCUGACCUGGAGCGGCCAGCAGUCUACCUGCCGAGACAUCAAUGAGUGCGCGUCCUCUCCGUGCAUGAACGGUGGGACAUGUGUGGAUGAAGUGAACCAGUUUUCUUGUGUCUGUGCCAAAGGCUGGGCUGGAGCUACCUGCCAGAGCCCUUUGCCAACAUUCUUUGUCACUAUGACAAACACCUCGGCCGCCACCUCCUCAGCCACGGCUGCUGCCUCUACCUUGCCAGCUGCCACCACAGGGCCCAUUGUCCGUCCAUCACGUUGCACUAUAACGCAGGGGACCACCCACUGCACCUGUGAGCCGGGAUACACCAUCUCUGGCAGGGACAGCAACACUUGCACUGAUAUAGAUGAAUGUGAGCUGUUCCAUAACGGCCAGGCUGGGAGACUGUGUUUACAUACCUGUGUUAACACCCCUGGAGGCUACCGCUGUUCCUGCCCUGCCGGAUACAAUGUGACCCGCGAUGGACGCAGCUGUAAAGACAUUGAUGAGUGUGCCACCAGACAAAACAACUGCACAAAGGACCAGAUGUGCGUUAAUACAUACGGUGGAUUCCAGUGUGUCCGUGUGGACUGCCCCAAAAUCCCUAAUGCUACAUACGUCAAGACAUCGCCUAUGCGUUGUGAACGUAACCCCUGUCCCGUGGACAACAAGGCAUGUUCUCAGACCCCCAACUCCUUCUCCUACCAUUACCUGGCUGUUGUGUCCAACCUGUCAGCCCCUCGCGUCAUGUUCAGGGUCUCAGCAUUGCGUCCAAUGGGUGACACGCUUCGCUUCUCCCUACUGGGGGGAAGGCAAGCUCGGCGCCACUUCACGGUCCAGCGUUCAGAUCGUCUGACAGGUCAGCUGAUGCUGGUGACCCCAGUGCAGGGCCCUGCCACACUGGAGGCGGAAGUGGAAAUGAGCGAGCUGGAGAGACGAGCCCAGCUGGGGAGGUAUAUCACCAAAAUCACCAUGUUUGUUUCCCAGUAUGAUUUCUAAAACGAGAGAGGUGAAAGUGGAAACUCACUUAGAGCACAAAGGCCAAACAAAAGUCUGGUUUGGAUUUAACUAAGGACUCCAUAUGUGUGAUAAUCUGAUGUACCGUGGUGACCAUAUUUAAAGUGUGCUGUUGCUGAAGGAGUUGCUGCGACAUGAAUAGGACAUACUGACUCAAAUGAUGGAUGGAUCAACAUCUGUCUUGCACAGCUGCGUGCAAUAAAUGUUUUAGAAUAUGGGUCCUUUGGGGGCAUUGGUGAUAAGCUACAGACUGAAUCACAAUGUUUGUUUACAAUACCUUCUGGGUAGAAAGCCCCCACAUCACAUACAUGAAAUGAAACAGCGCAGAGCAAACGAUGCCUCAGUUGGUUGGUUUUUAGCCACCUUAAAAAAGGCCCACCUAAAAAAACAAUAAUAGUUCAAGUGUUUGCUAUAUUUAGAAGAUUUUCACUGCUUUACUUACCAUCAGACAGUUUUUUCCAAUUGGGAGCUGGAGCUGUUAUUUUACUUCGAAAAACACAGGAGUUGCUGGUCUACCGCUGCCUCGAUUAGUUUGUUUGUAAGGCUCAGUCUGUGGGGGCAUGGCUUGGGAACCGGAGGGUUGCCAGCUCAAGUACCCGCACAGACCAAACCCAGAAUGUGGACUGGUAGCUGGAGAGGUGCAAGUUCAUGCUCCUGGGCACUGCUGAGGUACUGUUGAGCUGUUGACCCCCAUCUGCUAGGGGUGCCUACCCACAGGCCACCUCGCUCUGACAUCUCUCCAUUAGGUCCUGUUUGUGCAUGUGUCUGUAUUUCAGGCCUAUGUGUGUGCGUGUGUAAACUGAAAAAUGACAACAAAGUGAAAUUGAAUUUCCUAUCAAGGGAUUAAUUAAGUAAUGCUUUAUUCUUUCUUAAAGCGGUGGAAAUAAUCCAAAUAUAGUAUAUACUUAAACUGAUUUCUUUAGAUGGGUCUUCUAAGUUGGCUAAAUUACAUUUUGCUCUGGCACCCAUCCACAGCAGUACGUUGCUUGCAUGCUGGUAGAUUUGGUUUAUCAAAGACGCCAGCAAAGCAACACAGUACAUGAAAUAACAGCAGAAAUGUCCGAUAGGUGGGACCAUCGUGUUUAUAUAUCUUUAAACGUUACAGUUAUGGCUGAAAAUGACAAUAGAAAUAAACAUGUUUGCCAGUGUCACAUAUCUCUGCAAUUCAAACCAAUGGCCAGUUGUAUACCCAGAAGUGUAUGUUGUUGUUAGUGUGACAUCAUGUUGAUUUGUCCAUAGAAAUCCAAAAUGAGUGAUGUAUCUUUGUUUGAUUUCACUAUAAGAACAAGGGUUUUGUAUGGAUUAACUCAAACUUUUUUAUUGAGCAAAUAUAGAAAUGUGUGUUGGAGAUAUAAAAGGUGAAUGACAUGAUGAAGCAAACAGUAAAACAUCAUUCAGCUGAAGGAACUAGAAAAUAUGUGGACAAUCCUAUUUUUGGAAACGACGGUCCUGCUUGUUGACAUUUGUUAUGUAUACUGGACAUGUGUUAAGAUUUUGUAAUUUUCUUUUUUAUUCGGUUGUAUUUAUAUCCUGGUUUCAGUACAGCUAUUAUACAAUCAUUAAAACACUAUAAACCCUAAAAA